AUGGGUCCACCUGGUGGUGGACGCAACCCGGUUACGCCGCGCCUAACGAGGCACAUUAACUUUUUGGCUUCCAAUGAACUGGAUGAACAAAGUAUGCGAACCAUCUUCGGUGUGGUGCUCAAAUCAUGGCUGUCUCGAUCAGGCUCAGACAAACCUGCCGCAAAGCUCCAGCAGCACGCGAAUGCUCUUGUACACGCUUCCAUCCAAGUAUACACAACGAUUCCAUCGCAACUUCUACCAACCCCGGCCAAGAGUCACUACACCUUUAACAUGCGAGACCUGUCAAAAGUGUUCCAAGGCAUGCUAAUGGUAGAACCUGGCAGUUUGACUGGUAGUCUGGAGCAGCUGCUUCGUUUGUGGUUCCAUGAGUCGUCUCGAGUGUUCCAAGAUCGCCUUGUCAACGAGGCGGACCGUGGCUGGUUCCGUGAUUUGAUCAGCACCAAAUCCAAGGAGGCAUUCCAACAAACCAUAACUGAUUACGUUAAGUCUGAACCACUGCUGUACGGUGAUUUCUUAACCGCUGCUGCAAGUGAUGUGUGGAAAUACAUCGAAAUGACAGAUCACUCGCAGGUGCUGCAAGUGAUGGAAGAAAAUCUGGAAGAUAACAACCAAGUCAACACGGCCAAAAUUAAUCUGGUUCUCUUCAUGUACGCGGUGGAACACAUUUGUCGCAUCGCGCGUAUCAUUCGACAACCUCAGGGCAAAGCUCUUCUGUUGGGCAUGAGCGGCAGUGGUCGUCAGAGCCUGACUCGAUUGGCAGCACACAUGGCCGAGUACGAGUGCUUUCAGAUCGAAUUGUCCAAAACCUAUGGGUUCACAGCGUGGCGCGAAGUUUUGAAGAAGAUUAUGCUCACUGCUGGUAUAGAUGACAAUCCAGUGAUCUUCUUAUUCUCGGAUACUCAGAUCAAAUCGGAAUCAUUCCUGGAAGACAUCAACAACAUCCUGAAUGCUGGUGAUGUGCCCAAUAUUUACAGUCUCGACGACCUUAACAAAAUCUAUGACGCCAUGAAGUUAAUAAUCAGUGAGCGAGGAUUACAACCAACAAAAUCCAAUCUAUUCAACUGUUACACUAAGAGAGUUCGUGACAAUCUCCACACCGUAAUCAGCAUGAGCCCGCUUGGUGAGUUAUUCCGUGCUCGUCUGCGACAAUUCCCCGCGCUAGUCAAUUGCUGCACAAUCGACUGGUUUAGUGAAUGGCCUUCAGAGGCACUGGAGUCUGUUGCACUCCGUAAACUGCGCCAAAUGACCGAUUUGGAUGUGCAUGAAAGUGUGCUUGAAGCGUUGGUGAAGACGUGCAUCGAUCUGCAUCAAUCUGUGAUGCACCAACCGAACUUAUGA